CGAAUCUCGUGAAAGAAAGAGAGUUCUUUGAAUUGUCUAAAUGACGUUCAAAUCUCUAAUCAAUUUCGGAAGGUUGGGCAAAGCUCCUUGGGAUACACCUAUCGAGCGUUAUCACAGUGAUGGGGGUGGAUAUCAUCACGGAGGUGGACAUCGAGGGAGCUCCAAAGGGAAGGGCGGAGGAAGUGGCGCGGCACUGAGUGCACUGACCUUGCUCGCUUUUCUUUUUCUUCUAAACGUUAUGCAGCAAUCAAUGCAGGAUAACAACUCGACAAUGGCUACAACGACCGCAGCGUUUCUGUUGCGAGACACCGAUGUGCCGGUCGUUUUAGACAACGGAGAAGAAAAGUAUGCCAAGAUGAAAGACGAUUAUGCAGCAAACACACAUGGUUCGAAGGGUUACACGCGACGCGAGGAUUAACCAUCUGACAGUAUUUAUAGUUUUCGGAAAGCUUCUUUUUUUUUUUUUCAAUAAAACUUAUCAAGUUUUAAUUAGCAAAGAUCACAGAAUUAAUUAAUUAUCUCGAUAAUACCUAUUGGUAACACAAAAUAAAUUGUGAUUGAUUUAUACGCAUCAAUUGCUUUAUGUGCAUCAAGCGAGACGCGAGAGCGACUGUCAAAUGAUCGACGAGCCAGCAAUAUAAUCCGAAAUAAUGCAGUUAUUCAUCAAAAACAUCACAUAAACAGUUUAUUUUAGUUUAUUUUUCUCUCUUGUUGAACAUGAGAUCGUCAAAUGGAAUAUGAUAGUCGUCACCGUUGUCGUCAUGGUCAUCGCUCAAACAUAGCUUCUUACUUAUCAAGCGCGUUCGAAAAAAUCGCAAUUCCAUCUUUUAUUUACACAACAUUAGAAACAUUUAAAUAUUCAUUUUUAUUUCUCGUCAUAGUCUUACAUACAUGAAAAAAAUAAUGACGAACGAUCCACGUAUUGCUAGGAAAAUGGGUGACAUUUUUAUAAUUUUUCUCGCGCGUGCCGACGCAUCCCGAGGAGAUCAACUUGGAUUUUUUUUCUCCUGACAAACAACACGACAAAUCCUCGGAGAAUAUGUUCGGCGGUUCAUGUUUCCACAGAAGUAACGAUAGGCAACUUUUUGCGUGAUUAUUCUCGUUUCAAAACCGAUUGUAAGCGACUGUUCGAAAAUAGAUCGGAACCUUCAAAGAGCAAAAAAAAAAAAAAAAAAAAAAA